AUGGCGUCUUUGUUAAGUGUUGUGUGUUGUGCUGUGGUCAUCAGUUUUGUAUAUUUAGAUGUGAAUGGACACGUUGCUUUGACAUAUCCUCCGGCCAGGAGAUACGAUUUGGACUUUCUCGAUAAUUCUAGAACAAAACCGCCAUGUGGAAUGCCAAAGGGGUCAUUAAAGACAUCAUUUUUAGCUGGAUCAACAUUUACAGUACAUUGGCAUUUGGCAUACGCUCAUCGAGGUGGAUUCAGUUUGAGGAUAUUAGAUGAUUUGGAAAGACCACUUUUGGAUUUGACGCCAAGAGCAGGUGGCACCGAGUUUGUUCGAGAUGAUGUUACGGCGCAGAAAUACGAGGUGCGACUCCCAAGCGACUUCACCUGUGAGAAUUGCACGCUGCAGCUCCAGCGGGAGGCUGGCGAAUGGGGCGCCAACUACAGGUUUUGGUCUUGUGCUGACAUCGAUAUAGUACAGCGUAAGGAAUACCACGAAACGUGCUCCGGCCACGGUUUCUUCAUUCUGGGUAGGUGCAAAUGCCACAAGAUGUACUCCGGCCAAAAGUGUCAGUUCAGUGACGAAUGCUCAGAGGACAGCGACUGCGGGCUGAGGGGUAAAUGCGUUGAUGUCAACGCGACCGAGUCACCGACCAAGAUGUGCUACUGUCCGUUUGGGUUCUACGGCAAGGGGUGUAAUAAGAAGGGACCAUGGAAAGACAAGAAGGUGAACCUGGGACUGUACAGCAAACGUGAGCUGUCAAAAGAAUUCAACUUGUACUGGAGGGUCCUAAAGGAGAACGCCGAGUUAGAGGUCAUUAUGAUGGUCAAUGGCACUUCUUAUGCGGGUAUAGGUUGGCGUCCAAGUGGCUUGACUAAAGAGUGCAAGCACUUCCCAGUGCUAGGACCCCCCAUGACUAAUAAAACAAAUACACCAAAACCAGAACCGCUUCCGGAACCUGAACCUAAAGCAGAGCCCGAACCUAAAGCAGAACCCGAACCUAAUGCAGAACCAGAACCAAAACCGGAACCGGAACCAAAAGCGGAUUCUGAACCAAAAGCGGAACCGCAACCCAACCCAGAACCAAAAGCUGAACCCGAAUCUUCCCCAGAACCGAAAGCCGAACCGGAACCAUCUCCAGAACCUAAACCAGAAUCGGAAGUAACGACUCAAGCGCCUACAUAUGAUAAUAGAAAUAAGAGAGUCGCAAUGCACUCUUUUGACGGAUUCGAUUUAAAGAAUUUAGGCAACGAUGUUACUGUGAAAACUAGUGUGUCGUACAAAGUGUCCAGUUCUAAAGGUCGUAAAAAGCGUGCUGUAAACGACACAAAUUUGGACACUACGACUGCUAUUUUAUCCCAUAACCACACUGUAGGAUCCAAUACAGAUGCCAUUAAUGCCCAAAACCCCACUAGUGAAACACCCAAAGCCAAACAUGCUGCAAAACCAAAGUGGAAACCAAAGUCCAAACAAUCAACUACUACUACUACAACCACAACACCUACUCCUGAACCUAAUAUCGAAACAACAUUAAAACCCGAACCUACACCUGAACCCAAAUCCGAACCUGAACCCACUGGGGAACCUGAACCUAAGUCUGAGCCAGAACCAACUUCUAAAUCCAAAUAUGAGCCUGAACCAACGUCAGAGCCUGAACCCGCUUCUGAACCCGAACCAAAAUCUGAACCCGAACCAAAUUCUGAACCCGAACCCUUAGCAGAACCUGAACCCAAACCGACCGCAGAGCCUAAAUCUGAACCUGAACCUACUGGGGAACAAAAUGCCGAACCAGAACCAAAGUCUAAACUCCAACCGAUUCCAGAACCAAACACGGCAACGGAAUUUAAGUCUAAAUCCAUUUCUAAGUAUCUCUCUUCAUCACAAUUUAGAACAAAGGCUAAAUCUUUAACUUAUCCAAAUUCCGAAUUGGAGCCUCAACCGGAACCUAAAGCCGAAGCGGAACCUUCACCUGACCCCGAAUCGUUGCCCGAACCAUCUCCUGAACCUAAACCAGAACCCAAUUCCGAACCAGAACCUAAAUCUGAACCAAAACCCAAUUCCGAACCAGAACCUAAAUCAGAACCAGAACCCAAAUCCGAACCAGAACCUAAAUCUGAACCUGAACCCAAAUCCGAACCAGAACCAAAAUCCGAACCAGAACCUAAAUCUGAACCUGAACCCAAAUCCGAACCAGAACCUAAAUCUGAACCAGAACCCAAAUCUGAACCAAAGCCAAAAUCCGAACCAGAACCCAAAUCGGCACCAGAACCUAAAUCCGAACCAGAACCCGAAUCCGAACCAGAACCGAAAUCCGAACCAGAACCCAAAUCCGAACCAGAACCCAAAUCCGAACCAGAGCCUAAAUCCGAACCAGAACCCAAAUCCGAACCAGAACCCAAAUCCGAACCAGAACCCAAAUCUGAACCGGAACCAAAUUCGGUACCGGAGCCAGCCUCGGAACCCAUUCCUGAACCCGAAUCGUCCCCUGAACCCCACGCAGAAUUGGAACCUGCGACAUUACUAGUGAAGGGACUUACAGAAGAAGCAGGCUACUUCCCCGCACACGAAUAUGUGCCGAAAUACGACUUCAACCCUAUGGACUGUACUGACAUCGUCAUUGGAACCGCUAAGGGCAAUUAUCAUAGAGUGCUGGAUUAUUACACUAGGGACAGAUCGACUCCGCGCGUGGACACCUUCUGGGGAGGACACGACGAUAUCACGGCUGCUUCUGGUUUCGAAGAGAACGGAGUUACCACUAUUAUGUUCAGGCGAAAGAUUAAGGCCACAGAACCCACGGACCAUUCAAUCGUAGACGACACAAUGCACGUCAUCUGGGCUCGGGGCCAAGAGACGGGCAAGUACGUGCACUCUCCCCCGUCAGGCAUCGAACGCGGGACAGCUGGUACAGGCGACUUCUACCGCCCUGAUGAGCUGAAGUAUCACGGUCAUGGCAGUCAAAGAGGAGUUGCCAGCAUUAACUUCUUUGAAGAAAACAAAGUAUCAAUCUCGGGCGAUGUCCAGCCCUUGAAGGAUUCGUGCGGCGGCGAGUGGCGGCUGCCCGCGCGCUGCGACUGGUCCGGCCGCGACAACAACACGUGCGACUACGUGGCCUCCUGGGAGUACCUCGGCCAGAGGCGGGGGAAGGACUCCGUCCGGUUCACCAUCACCACCAGGCAAAGCAAGUACUGGACCGGGAUCGGGUUCAGCGAUAACAAGAAAAUGUCUCAGUCGGACGCUAUCAUAGGGUGGGUGGACUCCAGGACCGGUCGUCCCUUCAUCAUGGACACUUGGGUGUCGGGCUACUCCGCGCCCAGGGUCGACCAGCGACAGGACCUCAGCAAGGAGACCGGUAGUCUGGUGGAUGGAGUCACCACUCUUAGCUUUGUGAGGAAGAGGGACACCGGUGAUCAGAAGGAUUUGGCAUUCACGGACAACCAAUGUCUGUACAUGAUGUUCAUAACCCAAGGUGGAACAUUCGACCCGAUGAACAAACGAACAAGCAAACACAUGGUCACCCCCAUCGUCACUGAUGAGAGGGUUUGCAUUAAGCCUUGUGGACCAGAACCUACCGAUGAAGAAUUAGCAACGGAGCCGGUGAUCCCGGGCGAGACGGCCUACACCGUGAGGAUCCGCCUCACCGGCCUCGCCGACAGCUACAAGCCGCCCGCGCCCGGCAGCAAGGACUUCGAAGACCUCAGCCGCCAGCUCGUCGACAGCUUCGCCUCGCUCAUCUCCAGGAACAAGGGCUACCACGGACUUGUCGUCAACGGGUUCAUGCAGAACGAGACAAAGGCCAUCAUCGCCGACCUGACCCUCAAAUCUAUAGAAUCCAACACCAUAGAAGGUUCUACAGGCCGAGCUUUAGACUCUACUCCAGUUAACGUCACAGAAGGAGAACAAGAGAGUGGGGCAGACCGUUGGGAGAAAGUUGUGAAAGAAACCCUAGCUUUAGGGAAGGUGGGCAAUCUUAAUGUGGAUCCUGAGUUCCUGGUUUUCGUACCUCAAAGCUUGGUGUCUAACCGAGGUAAUAAUGAAGAGUCAGGUAACGCUCGGUCGUUCUUCGGUCUGGCGGAGACCAAGCUGUGGGUGGUGGUGGCCUGCGUCGUGGCGCUGCUGCUGGUGGCGCUGCUGCAGGCUGGCUGCACGCUCUACCGGACCAACAACACCACCGUCAAGACCAAGGAGCAACUGAUCCCGAACUCUGCAUGGAAGGACUACUCGUCCGCCAACACGAACUACGCCUUCUCCCCGUUCGAGAACGAGGAGAAAUAUAACAGCACGGCGUCCACCGCCCCCCUCCGCGCGCGCUCCGCCCCCCUGCGGCCCAGUGACCCCCCACCGCCGCGUCCCGCCAGCGCCAUGUCAAGGGGCGGCCGGGCCACCCCCAAGUCGAACGGAGCUAACGGAUCUCAGGGGGCCAACGGCUCGCAAGGAGUGAACGGCUCCCACUCGAACGGGCGCCUCACGCCCAAGCACCAGAACAGCGCCGCGCAGUACUACCACGACACCAGGUCCCUGCAGCGGCCCAGGCACGCCACGUCCCAGGGACCGCCGCAGCCACCCUACGGUGCGAGUGGCGGGUUCGGCGCGCGAGCGGACCGCGCCGCGUACUCACUGCCGCGCGGACGCGCCGAGGGCCCGCGCGGCUCCAACCCUGACUUCUACUUCAUGCCGUCGCAGCGCAAGUACGAAGGUGAAGUUGUUAGGGUUUACGUCAACUAUAACGAUCGGAAACAACAGGGGCUGCAGUAG